AUGUCGGAUCAAGGUACUUAUCACAGUAGUGGAGGUGAUCCAUUCGAUCACUCAGCCUACGGUACUACCCAAAUAUCCGCCGGCACAGGCAUGAGAAUGCUAAGAUCCGGAUUUUCAGCAGGAAACGAGCCCGUACCACGAGUUGCAAGAUCAUUAUAUGAUCCAGAACACUGUGGAGCCUGUAAUGCAUCAACAGAAAGUUCUGAUGAACAUUGGAAAGCAGAGCACAUUCGCGACAAUAGGGAUUGUAGAGAGGCCUACUUGAACAGAACAUGUCUAUAUGAGAAUGACCUGUAUGCAACAAUGGAAGAUCCUAUUUAUAGACCUGGAGAAUAUGUACCACCCCCUGGACUUCAGAUACGAGAAACCCGGAAUAAUCCAUCAAACCCUCCAGUUACCCAAUCUGAAACUGAAUCAAGUCAAGCUUAUGUUAUUCGAAAUUCACCUCAAUACCUCCAAGAACAGCAGCAUUCAGAUCAAGGACUUUCACCUAACGCUUAUCAAAUUAAUCACCCGUCAGAAUGGCUACAAUCGACGUCUCAUCAUAGCCAGCCAGAUCAGAGGUACGCCCAAUAUCCAACCGAGACGCAUGACGACUCUUACACUAGUGAUGUAUCUCACAACUCUAGUCCCGCUUACAAUGCGGAAGCGCAACGUGCUCCUGAGGCAACUGUUGAUGCAUCCCAAGGACGGGGGCAUACAAGUACAACCCGGAAUGAUGAUAGCCGCAGCCAUAGUAGUCGCCGUGAAGGUAGUAGCCGAAGGAGCUAG